CACCAGCCCAGCCACGGCUGUACUUCUCUGCAGUUUCCGCGGGUGAUUUGCUAAUUUUCCUGUAGCUAAUGUCUUUCCCUCUUGGUUGUUAUCCUCAUUAUCGCAUUAAUAAACAAACUUGAUGCAGAUUUUGACACUGCAACUUCAAAUUCAAACAGUAGCUCGUCAGUUAGCUAGCUAAGCUAACCAAAUCGUGAGCAGGUAACGUUAACUUUAGCAAGCUCGGCUAACGUAAGUUAUCGGUCGUUAGAUUAAGUCAGGGUUAUGUUUAUAGUGUCUCUGUUCACGGAGGAUAAAAGAUACCGAUCCCAAUGUCUCUUAGUGCCGUUCACGGAACACUGUCGAGCCUGAAGUCAUGUCAGGCAGACCUCGGGACAGGGAUGGACAUAGUGACAGAUGUGGCUAUGGACCUGGCGGAAGCUCAGGAUGAAGAGAUGAACCCUGGCAUUAAAGAGAUGGAGGCCAUGAUUCUGGAGUGUGCCAAGCUGGACAGGGAGAUUAACUACUUUGUCGGAGUUGUGCAAAAAGUCACAGAGGAUACCGCACAGCAGCCAGAGGCCAUGUUCAGCCUGUCUGCCAAAGUGAAGGAGCAGUUCACAGAGGGAAUAGCCAGGCUCUCUGAUGCAGAUCUACAGAAUCACCAGAAAGUAGUGGCCUUCAAGGAGAGCAUCAAGAGUGCUCUCAACCAAGCCAACCAAGAGUCAGCACAGAACACGGAGGAACUCGAUGAGGACAUUGCUGUUACGCAGAGCCAAGUCAACUACAUCUGCCCACUCACACAGGAGGAAAUGGUGAACCCGAUGAAGAAUAAGAAGUGUAACCACCACUAUGAUGAAGGAGCCAUACUGGGCCUGAUCAAAACAAAACAAAGCCAGAAAAAGAAAUGCCGCUGUCCUGUGGUGGGCUGUGGGAACACAGAUGUGAAACAGUCAGAUUUGAUUCCUGACCAGAUGCUGAGGAGAAAGAUCCAGAGCCAAAAGAGAAACAGCAACCGGACGUAGUACGCUACAUUUUCCUUCAGCAUGAAAAACCAGUGCCUUUGUUAUUAUUUGUCUAUCAAGAAAGAAAUGUGUUAGUGGCAGAAUUUUGAAGACAGUUUCUUUCAUUAGUAUUAAUAUUGUUAACAUUUUGCCUGUGUUCGUGGAUUUUUUUUUCAAAGAGUUGUACCUCAGGACAACUCUACUAUCUGGUUGAAUUUGAAUUUUUUUUUUUUUUAAGUGAUGACUUGUUUUUAAUUUUUCAGAUGGAGCAUCUUUUCAUGGUACUCCAGUCCUGUUGAAUGUAAAUAAAAGCUGCAGCUUCCUUUCUCAUAAA